AUGUCUGAAAUAAAACUAAUUCAUAGAUUCUUGGUUAUUUUACAGCGUUUUAUUGAUGUGGGAGUUUUAUUUGUAUUUUGUUCUUUACAGUUGCCCUGUGGUCAUCGGUGUAAAGAGAUUUGCCAUUCAGGUAGCUGUCCUCUUAACUGCAACCAGAAGGUUAAACUCCGAUGUCUCUGUAAGAGACUGAAAAAGGAAGUACAGUGCAGCAAGAUACAAGAAGGCCAAGUUUCACUGGAAUGCGAUGCAUUGUGCAAGGAAAUGAAGCGGAAAGCAUAUGAGAUAAAAGAAGCGGAAGCCAAAGCUGCUCUUGAAGAGGAGAAGCGAAGACAACAGGCUGAACUGGAAGCUUUUGAAAACAGAUUAAAAGGACGAAGAAAGAAUAAGAGAAGAAAGGAUGAGGUAGAAGUUGAACAAUCAUCAUGGCAAAAGUACAAGAACCUUAUUAUGCUGCCAGUGUUCGGAGUUGCUGUUGUGAUGGUUGCAUGGCUCAUGGUCUACAAUGACUGAAAACAACUCAAUAUUUCAUAUACCUCAGUUGGACUUUAGGUAGCUGUUAUUCCUAGAAUGUUAGUCUGUGUGUAACAGAACUUAAUAAGUAUAGGUUAUAUAUGUAUACUAUUUGCUAAGAGAAAUGCAGAGGAGGGAAGAAAUGUCACUUUUUGUGUUAUUGCAUACACAGCACAAAACUGAACUCAGACACUGAAAGUAAUAGUAGAUUCUAGUCUACACUGAAGUGCUGAUAGUUUGAACUGAGAUUUGUUAACAUCUCUUCUAUUAGUAAUGUUAUUUUUCCUUGUCUCCAUUUCAUAAUAUUAAGAAUAGCUUAGUAUAAAAUGCUUUAUUGAGUAUGUUUCCUAUAAAAUCAGCUUAGUGGUUUAUUGAAGGUUAUGCUAAUCUUUAUGUUGUAUCACACAAUAGUUUCUGUACUUCACGCCAGUUUUAAUUAUGACAACUAACAGGGGACCUUGGGUCACUUAGGCUUGAAUAUUCUGGGGCAUAUUCAGAGUUUUGUUCAGAUAAAGGAAAAUAUGAACUGUCUUUCAAUUCAGCUAUAUCACAAAACAGUGCCCCCCACCCCUCUUACAAACUGUGGGGUUUUUUUUUUUGUUUCACCCCGCCCCUUCCCACCCUUGUUUCCUCAAUACUCAAGUAACUGAAACAUUCCUUUAGUGGCCAGAUACACAUGCUGAACAUAGAUGUGAAGAAAUUUCAGGGUACAGAGGUGCAUUCUCACUGUUGCCCCAGUUGCCAACAGCAGAAAAACAAUUUGGAAUGAAUAUGAAUAUCAAGGGACUAUUUGUAUGGAUAAAUGCCAGAGUUGGGUAUUUGCACAGGUAUGCAAAAUUGUAAUUGGAUAGCGUAAUAAUACAGUUAUAUGAUAUUCUGAAGCCAUCUGGAUGGUGCUUGGAAGUCACAUUU